AAAUGCUGCAUAUUUACAAAUUAAGUUAUAUUCGAUCAUUAGUAGAAGCUUUUGUUUCACUCCACGAGCCAAUGAGUCACGUUCCCUUUUAACAAGAGAAUCGGGGUGCUGUAUCAAGAAACAGGCCUCAAUAAGCUUGUGUGCUUCCAUAAGCUAUUCAUGGGAAUCUCCAGGAGAAGAUGAGUGUUGAUUACUUCUGAAAGUUGAAGGUUGAAGAUGCAGCUUAGCUAAAGCUUACUUCAUUGUUAAUUAUUUCUCUGAGAGGGAGCGUUGUUUCAAGAUUGACGUUGAUUAAGAAAGUAACUUUUUGGAAUAUGACUUAGAAAUAAUCAAUUUCAGUCAUACAGGUCAAUUGAUAGUUAUCUUAGAAUUUCGUAUACAAUUUUUUGACAUGAAUUUCCGAUACCUUGAGUUUCCUCAAUUUGUCGGUCAAUUUCUUCAACAAAUUUGAGUUUUUUGGUCGUUAAAACCUUUCCAUAAAAGCGUAUUUUGUUCCCUUGUCAGAGAGGGCACUAUGAAUAGACACUGGUAGGAUGUGUGAACGUGCCAGAAAUAUUUUCUUUUCCUUCUUAGGGACAGCUCAGAAAUGCAUAGCUUGAGCUUAGUCGUGUGUUUCAUAACUAUACUGACUUCAUCAGCAUGCCAAGUAACAGAUGAGGCAGAGAAGACAUCAGAACCUGCUACGUGUAUUUACAAGGGCUACGAAGAUGAAGUAUACGACCUUACAAGUUUGGCAAACACCAAUGAGAGGCCUAGAUUUUGCACAGAAGACUCCAUGGGUUAUAGCAUCAGCUAUAAUCCAUGCUUCCCUUUCAAAAUUGGACCGAGUAAGAAAACAAACCCGUGUCACUCUGGUGUGGCGCAACUCAUUAACUUGUUUCAGAUUUGUCGAUGGGUUGAUGGUCAUGAUGAUGCGUACGUUAAUAUUGGUAGUCAGAGGUCGGCGCUUUUCAAUGGGGGAGGCAAACACCCAAAGAUACAUUAUCAUCAUUCGUCCAGUGGUACUAACUGGAAAUCCACUGUAUCACUGGUGUGCAAUUCAUCUGAUGACAAAGGCCAUUUCAGAGUUGUGACGGAUCAAAGCGCUGAUCAUGUU